CCCGCCCUGAGCGCCCCUGCCCGCCCGCGCCCCCCGCCAUGGAGCGCAUCCCCAGCGCGCAGCCCCCGCCCGGCUGCCUGGGCAAGCUGCCCGCCCUGGAGAGCGGAGACCUGCCCGGGCUGGACUUCGCGCACAUGUACCAGGUGUACAAGCCCCGGAGGGGCUUGAAGAGGAGCGAGGACAACAAGGAGACCUACAAGCUGCCGCACCGGCUGAUCGAGAAGAAGAGGCGCGACAGGAUCAACGAGUGCAUCGCGCAGCUGAAGGACCUGCUGCCCGAGCACCUCAAGCUGACGACUCUAGGUCACCUGGAGAAGGCUGUGGUUCUGGAGCUCACCUUGAAGCACGUGAAGGCACUGACCAAUCUCAUCGAGCAGCAGCAACAGAAAAUCAUCGCUUUGCAGAACGGUUUGCAGGCGGGUGACCUGUCAUCAAGAAACCUCGAUUCCAGCCAGGAAAUGUUUCGAUCCGGUUUCCAGAUGUGUGCCAAGGAAAUGCUGCAAUACCUGGCAAAGCACGAGAACGGCAAGGAGCUGAAGUCGUCGCAGCUGGUCAGCCACCUGCACCGGAUGGCCAGCGAGGUGCUGCAGGGCGGGGCGGCCCGCAAGGCCGGGGACAUCCCUCCCAAAAUGCUGGACCUGAAGGAGAAGCCGGCGCCGCUGGGCGCGGCGGGCGAGGGCCACGGGAAGAACUGCGUGCCCGUGAUCCAGCGGACAUUCGCUCACUCCAGCGGGGAGCAGAGCGGCAGCGACACGGACACGGACAGCGGGUACGGGGGAGAGCUGGACAAAAGCGACUCCAAAUCGGAACAGCCCUAUUUCAAAAAGGAUACCGACCUCAAGUACUCUGUCCAGGAGAGAAUAAGCUCUAUUAAGCAAGAGACUGAGGACCCGCCGGCCAAGAGGAGCAGGCUGGAGUCGCCGCAGGAUGAGGGCCCUUUUGGCAGUGACAUGAUGGGCUCUGCCAGCAGCUUCCUGGGCCCCCACGCUCACCAGCCUCCCCUGUGCCUGCCUUUCUACCUGAUCCCACCGUCCGCCACCGCCUACCUGCCCAUGCUGGAGAAGUGCUGGUACCCGGCCUCGGUUCCCGUGCUGUACCCCAGCCUGCCGGCCUCUGCCGCAGCUCUGACGGGCUUCAUGAACCCCGACAAAAUCUCCCCCCCUCUGCUGAUGCCCCAGAGACUCCCUUCUCCUGUACCGGCCCAUUCCCCCAUCGACUCCUCGGCCCUGCUUCAAGCUUUGAAGCAGAUUCCUCCUUUGAACUUGGAAACCAAAGACUGAGCGCAGUGUGACUGGUUUUUCUCUUUUUUCCUUUUUUUGUUUUUUUUUUUUUUAGUUUGAGAGACUGUUUCACUUUUAUAUAUUGGCUGGACUGAGGUGUGGGGACAAGGUUCACUGUGCGUAGGAAGCUAAAUCCCCUUUUCUCUGACUUGUCAGGUAGCUUGGAGAAGGAUGAAGGAUGCGCCCAGGUUAGCAAUUGACAACUACUUCCAAAAGAUUAAAGAAGGAUUUUGUGCUUGGCCCCUUCCCUUCUUCCCUCUCCACAUCUACAGAGCAACAGUUGACUCGGUCAGCUGCGAACCUAUUGCAAAGCUGUGAAGAAAUAUUCCAUUGGGCAGACCUGGUUUGAGGGUCUGUGAAUAUAAAAUACAUUAAUAUAAACCACGGUACUUCCCUGCGCGGCUCUGGAGGCAACGGCCCCGCUGGCUCACCUGAGCUGGGGCUGGGCUGCUGAACCAGUGACCCCACAGGGGUGGUGGUGGCAAUGCCACCGUGAGUACAGCAGGAGCAGGGCAGUGGUCACUGUGCUGUGGUGGUGGCAGUGCCACCAUGAGCAUGGCAGGAGCAGGGCAGUGGUCACUGGUGGUGGUGGCGGCAAUGCCACCAUGAGUACAGCAGGAGCAGGGCAGUGGUCACUGUGCUGUGGUGGUGGCAGUGCCACUGUGAGCACAGGAGGAGCAGGGCAGUGGCCACUGAGGUGCGGUGGCAGUGGUGGCAAUGCCACCAGGAGUGCAGGAGGAGCAGGGCAGCGGUCACUGCCUGGUCACAUCAGAUCAGGCAGACAGACCCAAGAUGGGUUGCUCUCCACACCUUUGCUGAUACAUAGAUAUUUUUUUAAGAGAUAAAAGGUAGCUGCUGCUUGGAGCUUUCCAUGGCGUACAUCUAAUAAAUAAAUUAACCUGCGCCCUUCCUGUAACUUGAGCUGCUCCG